AUGUGCGAGUCCAACUCCGCGUUCCCAGCCCAGAAUCGGGCGUGCGUAUGCAUCUCCUCACAGCUCUAUGACAGAAGAGCUCUCGACACGAACUCUCCACUCCCACUCUUCAACUCCCUCACCCAUCUCGUCUAUCUCACCUCAACUUCUCCGCGCAUUCGGGAGAUCAUGACCAUGGAUGGCGGUCUCGAACGCCUUGUUCGCAUCUUGCACGACUUUUGCAUCUCCCCGCCACCGCCGGACAAUCCUGCCAGUUUCUACGGUCUAUCACCCGCCGGCGUCCAUGUGCCCAAGCCUGUUCCGACUCUACUCCCCAAGACUUACGACAAGCACGCCGCGUACCGGUUCUCCCUCGCUUUCCAGUGUAUUGUGAACAUCGGCGUCCGUGGAAGUGAACCAAUCCGCAGUCGCGUCGUCCAGGCCGGAACGCUCGAGGUCGUCGGCUGCAUUCUCGAGGCGUGGCUCGCUAGCAAAGGCUUCCCCAUCGGCCCCAGCCUUGGCGCCAACGGCAUGCCCAGGGAAACAAGGGAGCAGCGUCUCGCGAGACGGCAGGCACAGCUUGAGAACAGGCAACGCGAACAAGCCGCGGCAAUAGCGCGCGCGCUCGAGCGACAGCUCGCCGCUGAGCGUGCACUUAGGCCAAACGACGCAUCCAUCCAAUCUAUCGACAUCUCGCAAGACGUGCACACCGAUACCUCCGCAGAUACCUCUACCAACGCCACUCCCAACGGCGGCAAUACCCCCACUGGCACCGUCGUCGUCCCCGCCAGGGAUCGUAGCGGCACCAUCAUCGCACGUCCUGUGUGGGAUCAGCCCACGAACGCCGGCGGCGCCAACGCACGACGACCACACAGGUCGCGUCUCAACGUGCCUGCGGCCUCAGCGGGUCCAUCGACUUCGACAUCCGCAGCCAACUCACGACCGGAAACGGAGACAGAGGAUGAUGGUGACGUCGAUAUGGAUCGCGAGAGCCGCGAUGGUGACGCUCCUUCACCAUCGCCCGAGCGCCAGCCUUCAGACACAGGCACGAUCCGUGCCACUUAUUCUCGUCGGGCGGUCGGCAUCGUCACUGAUGCCGCUGGACCUGCUGGGCCGGGUGCGUCGAUGGACAUGAACUCCGACCCGCAUAUCGUGAUAAACGAUGAGGGUGUCGUUACUGGAGUUGGCGUCGAGGACGGGAUCGUCUCCCUUGAAGCCAACAACGACUUUGCAAUGGGUGCGCCCCCCGGGGCUCCUGGUGCGAUCGAUGGACCUCCGGCGCGUGCGGUAGCUGACACGCAUGCAGGAGCAGGCGAGCGCACACCGCGCGCCGGGACCGCUAACCUUCCCAUGACAGUUGUACGACCCACGAUGGCGGGCGCCUUUCUCACUGCCCGCGCCACGGAGCUCCCGAGGCCGACUGAGGGUGCGACGCCGCCCUGCGCGGGUAACGUCCGAGGUGCGAACGCGGGCAACAACGCUGCGACGGCUACGCCUGGCGGCGCCGCGCACCACCACUACCAUCACCACCACGCGCGCGAGGCGGAGACGGGACCGUACCGCGAUGAGGACGUCCUACUAAGUCUGCAACUCCUGGCUUAUCUCAGCAAGUACCCGCAUUGCAGGGAAGCUUUCUACACCAUGCGCCCCAGCUUCCACCCCGCGACGCUUCAGCUCGCGAGUGAAGGCCGAUAUGGGCAGGCGUCUUCCAGCAACACCACGAGCGGUGCCACCACGUCCACUAACAAGGAUACGCAUCCGUUCGUGAAGGCUUUCAAUAUCGCGGCCGGACGCGGCAAGGAGAAGGAGAAAGAGCGGACGCCGUCCGCCAGCGGCGGCAGCCGUCCAAGGAUGACAAACGUGUUCGCAUUGGUUGAACGGUUUACAUACCGGCACAGCUCGUCGGAGCUCGAGUCGUCGAACCCCCCGCCGAGCCUGCCCCCGGAGAUCCAGUACUGGGCAGGUGUUAUCAUGCGGAACACGUGUCGGAAGGACGACAGUCGCAGGGGCAUUCGCGAGUGUGCGAACAUGUUGUGUGGGAAGUGGGAGCGGUUCCCGUGGGAGAUCGCGAAGUGCAGGCGAUGCAGGAAAGCGAAGUACUGCGGGAAGGAGUGCCAGAGCACGGCGUGGAGCAAGGGCCACCGGUUCUGGUGUAGGGCGAAAGAUCCCGAGGAGGACGGCGAGCAC